UAAAUUGAUCGAAUUCUGUUUUACAUCACUAAUCGGCAGCGGCUGCAAUAAAUUUCCGUAAAAACCGAAGUAAUCCGCAAUUAAAGAAAGCAAAGGACCUGCAUCCGUGUGAGAUCGUUCGGCACCGGUGCCGGCACAUGAAAUCCUAUCGAGUGACCAGUGGAACAGUGCGUACAGCGCCCCGGGGCAACUGAAAAGAUAACCUCCAAAGUCCGUAGACAGCAGGCAGAUGCACCUGCUCCACCCUUUCCCCUCCCAAAUGCAAGUGAAAAUCGCGUUUAAAUAGUGAAUAAACCCUGCCCAGCCAUGUCGACGACGUCGGUGGUGCAGCAGUUCGUCAACGGGCUUAAGUCCCGCAACCGGAAUGUACAGAACAAGGCAACCCAGGAUCUGCUCUUCUAUGUGAAGACCGAGCUACGCGAAAUGUCCCAGGAGGAGCUGGCCCAAUUUUUCGACGAGUUCGACCAUCACAUUUUCACGAUGGUGAAUGCGACAGAUAUCAACGAGAAAAAAGGCGGUGCCCUGGCCAUGAAGUGCCUGAUUAACUGCGAGGGCAGUCUUACUGCCAGGAAGGGCAUUUCGCCCUAUCUCAACCGCCUGCGCGAUCUUCUGCUAAUCAACGAUGUGUCCGUCAUGGAGAUUGCCGCCCGCUCCCUGGUCAAAUUGGCCAACAUGCCCACCUCCAAGGGCGCCGAUUCCUUCGACUUUGAUAUUAAGAAGGCUUUUGAGGUGCUCAGAGGCGAGAGACAAGAGUACCGCCGCCAUUCAGCCGUCUUUAUCCUCCGUGAGCUGGCUAUCGCCUUGCCCACAUACUUCUACCAGCACAUCCUGACCUUCUUCGAGGUUAUCUUUAACGCCAUCUUCGAUCCCAAACCUGCUAUACGAGAGUCAGCUGGCGAGGCUUUGAGGGCGGCUUUGAUUGUCACCGCUCAGCGAGAGAGCACCAAGCAGUCCAGUGAACCACAGUGGUACAGAAUCUGCUAUGACGAGGCGAAUGGAAGCUUCAAUGCAGACUUGGGCUCUAGCAAGGAUCAGAAAGGCGUGACCCGAGACGAUCGCAUUCACGGUGGCCUCGUCGUCUUCAACGAGCUCUUUCGCUGUGCCAAUGCCACCUGGGAGCGGCGCUACACGUCUCUGAAGACGCUGUUCCCCAAGACCCAACACAAUAAGUUCCUGGAGGCCAGCAGUUCGUCGAGUAUGGGUUCCCAGCUGAAUACUCUAGUGCCGCGGCUAAAGGUGCCCUUCAUUGACAAGCUCGGCAGCACCCAAACGCAUUUGGGUGAGGGAGAGCAUCACAAAGGAGUUGCCAAGUUCGCGAGCCAGCACAACGUACUGGAGUCCGCAUAUGCUCAGGAGAUCCUUCAGGAGCACUACACCUCCAUUUGCGACAAUGUUUUGGAGCAGCGAACUUCGAAGUCUCCGUAUGUACAGCAGGCACUCCUUCAAAUACUUCCUCGAUUGGCUGCCUUUAACCGCGCGGUGUUUGUGGAAAAAUACCUGCAGACAUGCGUGUCGCAUUUAAUGCAGAUCCUGCGAGGCAAGGAGAAGGAUCGCACGGUGGCGUACAUAACCAUUGGUUACAUGGCUGUAGCGGUGCAGAGUGCGAUCGAAGUUCAUUUAUCCAGUAUAAUGACUAGCGUGAAGGUCGCCUUGCCGUCAAAGGAUUUGACCAGCAAACGAAAGGUACCAGUGGAUCCUGCGGUCUUUGCCUGCAUAACGCUUCUUGCUCAUGCCGUUAAGUCGGAGAUCGCCGACGAUGUUAAGGAUAUCCUUGAGCAGAUGUUCUACACGGGUCUCUCGCCAGCUCUGACUGUUUGCCUGAGGGAACUCUCCGAGAAUGUGCCGCAGCUUAAGUCGGCCAUUACAGAAGGAUUGAUCGGAAUCCUAUCCCAGGUGCUGAUGAACAAGGCGGCAAUUUUACCAUACACUGCUUUGCCAACGAUCGCCAUCGAUGGCUCGCUAAUGCAGAAUGGUGACGGAGCAACCACAGUGCUGGCACUCAAAACGCUGGGUACCUUCAACUUUGAGGAGCAAAACAUGCUGGACUUUGUGCAACGAUGUGCUGACUACUUCAUCGUUCACGAGCAGCAGGAGAUUCGUCUGGAGGCAGUGCAAACAUGCACACGACUCCUUAAACUGGCAGUGCAAUCCUCUGAAAGUAUGGAGAACUCCAAGACCCUCAGCGACACCGUUUCCCACGUGAUUGAGCGCCUGCUUAUGGUAGCCAUUACUGAUAUGGACUGUAAUGUGCGAAUACGAAUUCUACGUUCGCUGGACGAGACCUUUGAUGGGAAGCUUGCUCAGCCAGAGUCUCUAAAUUCGCUAUUUAUUACGCUGCACGAUGAAAUCUUUGAGAUCCGGGAGCUGGCAAUGGUUACCAUUGGAAGAUUGUCGUCCAUAAACCCGGCUUAUGUGAUGCCCAAGCUAAGAACCACCAUGAUCGAAUUGAUCACGGAUCUAAAGUACUCGGGAAUGAGUCGAAACAAGGAGCAGAGCGCAAAGAUGCUUGACCAUUUGGUGAUAAGCACGCCCAGGCUAAUAUCCUCUUACAUGAAUCCGAUCCUCAAAGCCUUAGUGCCCAAGUUGCAUGAGCCGGAAUCGAAUCCAGGAGUUAUUUUAAAUGUGCUUCGCACAAUUGGUGAUUUAGCAGAGGUUAAUGGAGGCUCCGAUGAAAUGGAAUUGUGGGCAGAUGACCUUCUGUCCAUUUUACUCGAAAUGCUGGGCGACGCUGGCAGUCCGGAUAAGCGAGGAGUGGCUCUGUGGACGUUGGGACAGUUAAUCAGUGCAACAGGCAGGGUGGUUACCCCAUAUCACAAGUACCCCGUGCUCAUAGAUAUUUUGAUUAAUUUCCUUAAAACGGAACAACGUCGAUCCAUUCGAAGGGAAACGAUACGAGUGCUGGGCUUGUUGGGAGCCAUGGAUCCUUACAAGCACAAGAUGAACAAGGGCUUGAUUGAUAGCCAAAAGGAUAAUGUUUUAAUAGCAUACUCCGAUGGCAAAGUCGAUGAAAGUCAGGACAUCUCCACCGCUGAGUUGCUAGUUAACAUGGGUAACGCAUUGGAUGAGUAUUAUCCCGCUGUGGCCAUAGCUGCAUUGAUGAGGAUUCUACGGGAUCCCACGUUAAGUACACGUCACACCAGCGUGGUGCAGGCGGUUACUUUUAUCUUCCAGAGCCUGGGCAUCAAAUGUGUGCCGUACUUGGCCCAAGUGCUUCCCAAUUUGCUGGACAAUGUACGCACUGCAGAUAAUAAUCUAAGGGAGUUUCUCUUCCAGCAGCUCGCCAUUCUGGUGGCUUUUGUCAAGCUGCAUAUCAUCAGCUACAUGGGAGAUAUUUUUAAGCUGAUCAAAGAAUUUUGGACCAUUAAUACGCCUCUGCAAAACACUCUAAUCAAUUUGAUUGAACAGAUCGCCGUGGCUUUGGGAUGCGAGUUUAGGGAUUAUUUGGCGGAGCUGAUCCCACAAAUUCUGCGAGUGUUGCAGCACGAUAACUCCAAGGAUAGAAUGGUCACGAGAAGGUUGCUCCAAGCUCUUCAAAAGUUUGGCAGCACUUUGGGUUACUAUCUGCCGCUGAUUUUGCCUCCGAUCGUGAAACUCUUCGAUUCUCCGUACGUACCACAACAGGUGUCAAUGGUAGCCCUGGAAACGAUCAACAAUCUAGCCUGUCAGCUGGACUUCACCGACUUCUCCUCGCGCAUCAUACAUCCGUUGGUUCGAGUGCUGGACGCUGAGCCAGAGCUUCGGGACCAAGCUAUGACAACCCUUCGCUCACUGGCAAAGCAACUGGGCAAGAAGUACCUCGUGUUCGUGCCUAUGGUCCAGCGCACUCUCAACAAACAUCGCAUUGUGGAUCCCGAGUACGAGGAGCUACUGAGUAAGAUUAAGUCCUGCAGCACACUGGCGGAUUCCUAUGGGGCCGGGGAGUCAGAACUGCGGCCGUCCAGGUUCAAAAACAACGAGCCAUUUGUGACCGACAGAAAUAGCAAUAAUAAAAAUCUGCAGGUCACCACAAACGAACUACGAACGGCGUGGCAGGUGACGCGGCGGGUGUCCAAGGACGACUGGGUGGAGUGGCUAAAGCGGUUGUCCAUUGGCCUGCUGAAGGAAUCGCCUUCGCACGCACUGAGAGCCUGUCGUUCGUUGGCCCAAGAGUACGAUACGCUGUUGAGAGAUCUUUUUAACGCCGCAUUUAUCUCCUGUUGGACGGAACUAUCGCCGGAUUUGAAAAACGAGCUAACACAGUCACUGAUUCAAGCCCUGCAAGUUACCGACAUGCCGGAAAUCACUCAGACAAUCCUCAACUUGGCCGAGUUUAUGGAGCAUUGCGAUCGCGAUCCAAUACCAAUAGAAACUAAGCUAUUGGGUACUCGAGCGAUGGCUUGCAGAGCGUAUGCCAAGGCAUUGCGCUACAAGGAGGAGGAGUUCCUUCUGCGAGAAGAUUCCCAAGUUUUUGAGUCCUUGAUUCUAAUCAACAACAAGCUGCAGCAAAGAGAAGCAGCGGAAGGUCUGCUCACAAGGUAUCGUAAUGCAGCCAACGAACUAAAUGUUCAAGGAAGAUGGUAUGAAAAACUUCACAAUUGGGAUGAGGCGCUGGAACACUAUGAAAGGAAUCUAAAGACGGAUUCCUCGGACUUGGAGGCGCGACUCGGUCACAUGCGCUGCUUGGAGGCCCUCGGAGAUUGGUCGGAGCUGAGCAACGUGACCAAGCACGAGUGGGAAAACUUCGGUACAGAGGCCAAAUCAAGAGCAGGACCCUUGGCCGCAGUGGCCGCCUGGGGUCUCCAGGAUUGGGAGGCGAUGCGGGAGUACGUAAGGUGUAUACCAGAGGAUACCCAAGAUGGAAGCUACUAUCGUGCUGUCCUCGCCGUGCAUCAUGACGACUUUGAGACCGCACAGCGCCUUAUUGACGAAACAAGGGACCUCCUCGACACGGAGCUCACAUCAAUGGCGGGCGAGUCCUAUGAAAGAGCCUACGGAGCCAUGGUAUGUGUACAAAUGCUGGCGGAGCUGGAGGAGGUCAUCCAAUACAAGCUCAUUCCCGAGAGGCGAGAGCCGUUAAAGACCAUGUGGUGGAAGCGUCUUCAAGGAGGCCAGCGACUAGUAGAAGACUGGCGAAGGAUCAUCCAGGUGCACUCGCUGGUGGUAAAACCGCACGAGGACAUACAUACCUGGCUGAAGUACGCUAGUCUGUGCAGGAAGAGCGGCUCCCUGCACUUGUCCCAUAAAACUCUGGUGAUGCUGCUAGGCACCGAUCCCAAGCUUAAUCCGAACCAGCCACUGCCUUGUAAUCAACCACAGGUGACCUAUGCGUACACCAAGUACAUGGCUGCCAAUAAUCAGCUGCAGGAAGCCUACGAGCAGUUGACGCACUUCGUCAGCACCUAUAGUCAGGAGCUAAGCUGUUUACCUCCGGAAGCACUAAAGCAACAAGAUCAGCGACUCAUGGCCCGCUGCUAUCUGCGCAUGGCCACCUGGCAGAACAAGCUGCAGGACAGCAUCAGACCGGAUGCCAUUCAAGGCGCACUCGAAUGCUUUGAAAAGGCCACCAGCUAUGAUCCCAACUGGUACAAGGCCUGGCACCUGUGGGCGUACAUGAACUUUAAGGUGGUGCAGGCCCAAAAAUCGGCGCUGGACAAACAACAGCCUCCGGGAGCCAGCAUGGGAAUGACAAUGGGCUCUGGCCUCGACAGUGAUCUAAUGAUCAUACAGCGAUACGCCGUUCCGGCAGUUCAGGGAUUCUUCCGUUCAAUCAGCCUUAUAAAAGGGAAUUCGCUGCAGGAUACGCUACGUUUGUUAACUCUUUGGUUUGACUAUGGCAACCAUGCAGAGGUGUACGAGGCGCUGCUCUCUGGAAUGAAGCUGAUCGAGAUCAACACCUGGCUUCAGGUUAUCCCGCAGCUUAUUGCCCGCAUCGAUACCCACCGUCAGUUGGUGGGUCAAUUAAUCCACCAACUCCUAAUGGACAUAGGAAAGAAUCACCCGCAGGCUCUGGUCUAUCCUCUAACAGUCGCUUCCAAGUCAGCAUCAUUGGCGCGCAGGAACGCCGCCUUUAAGAUCCUCGACUCGAUGAGGAAACACUCGCCCACCUUGGUAGAGCAGGCGGUCAUGUGUAGUGAGGAGCUCAUCCGUGUGGCGAUUCUGUGGCACGAACAGUGGCACGAAGGUUUGGAGGAAGCCUCGCGUCUUUACUUUGGAGAUCGCAACGUAAAGGGCAUGUUUGAGAUCUUGGAGCCACUGCAUGCUAUGCUGGAGAGGGGACCACAAACACUCAAGGAGACAUCCUUCUCGCAGGCCUAUGGACGCGAGCUGACAGAGGCGUACGAGUGGUCGCAACGGUACAAGACAUCGGCGGUGGUGAUGGAUCUGGAUCGAGCGUGGGACAUUUACUAUCACGUCUUCCAAAAGAUCUCGCGCCAGCUGCCACAACUUACCUCGCUGGAGCUGCCGUAUGUCUCGCCCAAACUGAUGACGUGCAAAGAUCUCGAACUGGCAGUGCCCGGGUCCUACAAUCCUGGCCAGGAGCUCAUCCGGAUUAGUAUCAUUAAAACCAACCUUCAGGUGAUUACUUCCAAGCAGCGGCCGCGAAAACUGUGCAUACGCGGCUCCAAUGGCAAGGACUAUAUGUACCUUCUAAAGGGACACGAGGACCUUCGUCAGGACGAACGCGUGAUGCAGCUAUUCUCCCUGGUGAACACAUUGCUGUUGGAUGACCCCGACACUUUCCGUCGUAACUUGGCCAUCCAGCGGUAUGCGGUUAUCCCGCUCAGUACCAACUCGGGUCUUAUUGGUUGGGUGCCACAUUGUGACACCCUUCAUACGCUAAUCCGGGACUACCGCGACAAGAAGAAGGUGCCACUGAAUCAGGAGCAUCGCACCAUGCUCAAUUUUGCGCCAGACUAUGAUCACCUCACGCUGAUGCAGAAGGUGGAAGUGUUCGAGCAUGCGUUGGGUCAGACGCAAGGCGACGACUUGGCCAAGUUGCUGUGGCUCAAGUCUCCGUCCUCUGAAUUGUGGUUUGAACGGAGAAACAACUAUACCCGCUCACUGGCAGUCAUGUCAAUGGUUGGAUAUAUCCUAGGUCUGGGCGAUCGUCAUCCAUCGAACCUUAUGCUGGAUCGUAUGAGCGGCAAGAUACUGCACAUAGACUUUGGCGACUGCUUCGAGGUGGCCAUGACCCGCGAAAAGUUUCCCGAAAAGAUACCCUUCCGUCUCACCCGGAUGCUAAUAAAGGCAAUGGAGGUCACUGGCAUCGAGGGCACCUACAGACGCACCUGCGAAAGCGUGAUGCUGGUGCUUCGCCGCAACAAGGAUUCCCUGAUGGCGGUGCUGGAGGCCUUUGUCUAUGAUCCGCUGCUCAACUGGAGACUGUUGGAUGUGGACAAGAAGGGUAACGAUGCGGUGGCUGGGGCGGGUGCUCCAGGUGGACGUGGCGGUUCCGGAAUGCAGGAUAGCCUCAGUAACUCCGUAGAGGACUCCCUGCCCAUGGCCAAGUCGAAGCCCUACGAUCCGACGCUACAGCAAGGCGGCCUGCACAACAACGUGGCCGACGAGACGAACAGCAAAGCCAGCCAGGUAAUCAAGCGGGUCAAGUGCAAGCUAACAGGCACCGACUUCCAGACGGAAAAGAGCGUAAACGAGCAGUCGCAGGUGGAGCUGCUCAUCCAGCAGGCGACCAAUAACGAGAACCUCUGCCAGUGCUACAUUGGCUGGUGUCCGUUUUGGUAGGUCAACCGAUCCGGCAUAGAUCCCGUGCGACAACCGGCAAUUGACUGAGCGAGAUUACGAACUUACGAUUACUACUACUAAUUGAAUUGGGUGCAUGCAUCUCUGGAGAGGAUUCCGAGGUGACUGCAAACUAGGCAUUAAGUAUAAAAUAUUUUUAUAAUUUAUGUUAGAGAUACGCUUAAUUAUCUAUUAUUUGUAAAUCAGAUUGGAAACUAGAUUCCAACUUUGUAUAAACCAUUAAAACCCGUGAAACAAUCAACGUUCU